CGAGUGCAACUUACGGAACUCCCCUCCUCAGAACAUCACUGUGUCAGCGUCACUCUCAUGAGCACGGACCGGGUAAAUAUUUGGUAUUAGUAAAUAAUGUUUUGCCAGAAAAGUAGUGUUUUUUUCCAAGCUACAGCCGCUCAAGUGUAAUUUUCUCACAGCUAGCCAUUGUAGCUAAUCAGCUUCACUUGGGUUGGUCAACUCCUAUUUAAACUCCGCACUCAUUUCAACUUUGUAGAAACUGAGUAUCUCUGUCUGGCACAAAUACUGAACUUCAGUAUUGUUGUCCACACUGUGUGGGCGUUUGUUCGGCUGCAGCUCCGUGUUGACUCUAACAGGCUGAAGUGAACUUUGAGGAAACCUCAGUCCGAAGUUCAAGUUACAGCCUCGACACGACAGCUCUCCCGGAGCAGGCAGCAGAUAAGUGAUUAUCGGGUCACACCAUCCCCUCAGCCUAUCAACAACAGCGGCGUGAGCUGAUCAUGGAGGACGUGGGACCGAUUUGAAGAACGACAGGACAAACAUUGCUACGAUGGGGACUCAGCGGAAUGGUUUCAAGAAGGAAAGCUUCAUCUUGUCAGUGGACGUCGGUACAACGUCAAUGAAAUGUCAUGUCUAUGACAAGGAGGCAAAAAUCCGAGGAUCAUGCGCCACCAAGGUUGUUCCCUUGUAUCCAGAGGUGGGACAUGUGGAGAUGGACCCAGAUGACCUGUGGAAAGGAUUUAUCAGUGUGGUUAAGGGAGCUGUGCAAGAUGCAGGUGUACAAAUGCGUCAGAUAGAAGCUCUUGGCAUUUCUACUCAACGAGGCACCUUCACAACAUGGGACAGGAAAACUGGGGUUCCUUUCCAUAACUUCAUCAGCUGGCAGGAUCAGAGGACUGCAGACCUGGUGAAGUCCUGGAACAGGUCCUGCACCAUGAAAGCGAUCCACAGCGUGAUGAAGAUGGUCUACUUCCUGACCAGGCAGAAGCGAUCCCUCGCAGCGAGUCUCAUCGUCUUCUCCACUCAGCAUGUCACCUUUCGCCUCGUCUGGGCCCUCACACACUACAAGCAGGUUCGUCAAGCAGUAGAUGAAGGCAACUGCUGCUUUGGGACAAUAGACACCUGGCUCCUGUUCAAACUCACAAAAGGACAGGUCCAUGCCACAGAUUACUCUAAUGCCAGUGCAACAGGGAUUUUCGACUCCUAUCAGAUGUGUUGGAGUGGCUUUCUCUCCUCUCUUGUGUCUCUGCCUCUGUCUAUUUUCCCCAAAGUAGAAAAUACAGGCUUUGACUUUGGUUCCACGGACCAGUCCAUCUUUGGGGUGUCCAUUCCCAUUAUGUCAGUGAUGGCAGACCAGCAGGCGGCCAUGUUUGGAGAGUGCUGCUUCGACGUUGGUGAUGUAAAGAUCACCAUGGGAACAGGCACCUUCAUGGACAUCAACACUGGGAGCAAACCACAUACGUCUGUAGCAGGUCUGUAUCCCAUUGUGGGGUGGAAGAUCGGCUCCGAGGUGGUGUACCUGGCGGAGGGGAAUGCGGCAGACACGGGCACUGCCAUCAGAUGGGCUCAGAAGCUGGAGCUCUUCUCUGAUGUCACAGAGACCAGUGCCAUGGCUUACAGUGUCAGUGACUCAGACGGAGUUUGUUUUGUCCCUUCCUUCAGCGGCCUGCAGGCUCCUUUGAAUGAUCCCAAAGCUUGUGCUUCCCUCAUGGGCCUCAAACCUUCCACCACUAAAAGCCAUCUGGUCCGUGCCAUUCUGGAGUCUGUCGCCUUCAGAAACAAACAGCUCUACGAGACGAUGCUAAGAGAGACCCGCAUUCCCAUCACAAAGAUCAGGGUUGAUGGGGGAGUUUCCUCCAACGACUUCGUCAUGCAGCUGACUGCAGACCUGUUCGGCAGAAAGGUGGCCAGACCACAACACAACGAGAUGUCGUGUUUGGGGGCUGCUUUUGUCGCUGGACUUGGAGUUGGUUUCUGGAGGAGCCGGGAGGAGCUGAAAAAGUUGCAGAGUACCGACACAAUGUUCUUGCCCCAGGGUGCAGCCAAGGAGGGCGCCGGCAGCACAAGUCGGGAGUACAUCCCCAUCCUCCAGAGCUGGGAAAGAGCUCUGCGACGCUCCAUGAACUGGUACAAGCAGCCUUGACACUGGAUCCACACACAGGGUUUGACCAAAUGAAAAGAUAGACAAGUGAUGUUUGGGUACUUGUGAAAGCUGGUUUUAAACUCAAUUACUGUUUGAAGAAAUGACGACCAUCAACUGUGAUGGUGAAAUGAAUCUUCUGAACCACAUUCUGGUCCACUUGCUCUAAAGAUGUGGUACGAAGCUUUUAGUGAUGAUGGAGGUGCUGGUGUGCAGUCUUUCUAGGGGAAACAACAACUUUUUUUUCACACUCUAAAGCAGGAAACACAACUGAAGGUCGUAUGCACUGACAUGAUGGUACAGCACUGAUGACUAUGGUUGAAAUAGGGAUUGUGGGUAAAUACACUUUCCAAAGUGUUGUCAGCCACAUUACAGAAGCGACUCUACUUUACUUUAUGUCUUCGCACCAUAGCGGCCUGACCAGAAGUGCAUUUCAUUCAUUCCACGUCUGAAGUCACUGGUGCUAUUUCAUAUUUCAGUAUUUUUUCCAGCUGUAAUGUUAUUUUACAUUUCCCCACAUGGGGGCGCUGAUGACUGGAUUUAUGAGCUCACCAUAGCAACCGCAUGCCAAAUAUUAAUCAGAAACCGCAGACUAAAAAUCGCUUAUAUCACAUUCACAUAUCAGCGUCUGUGAGAAUAAAAAGUGGGAACAACGGGAAAAUCGACGUGUCUGUUCUUGAUUCCUCGGGACUCAAAGGCCUCCACAAAGGACACACAUUUCAUACAGACUGUUUAGUGAUUUGCAAUGUCAUUCUUUAAUAUGUAGCUGCUUCUUCUUGAUGUAAAGAUGAUGUUUUCAUGUUGCGAUUUCAAGAAAAUACUUACCUCUCAAGAACAGUAGUGAUGCCUUUUGGAAAUCUGGAGCAACAAUUUUUGUAACCAUUAAUUCUAUGUGUUCUCUAAUCAUGAGAUAAUGUUGUUUAAAUGUGAUCGCAACAAAAUCUAACUGUGUUUUCCCUGAGCGUGGGAAUUCCACUGGAUGUCUGUAUUUGAAUGUUUUUUUUCUCUGCCUCAGGUUUGUCUCAUAACUAACCCGUUGUGUCUCAUUGAACUGGAAAAGGUUUUAAAUGUGACUGGACUCAUUUUGCUAUGCAGUAAUCACAGGUUUUGAUGAUGUCACAAUCAGGGAUUCAAGUAUUCACUCAAAACAGAAAUAGGACAUGCAUAGAUUUGUGCUGAGUUUAUUUCCUUGUGAGUCAGUGUUGUGUAGCUGCUGAAGGUGUAGCUGAGUUGAUGUCAUAUGAUGAACUUGUUAAAAAUGCUGUUUGUGUUGUGAUUAAAUGCACUGAUGUGACCGAAAUUACUACAGAAAUGUAAACUAUGAAUCUCCUUUGUGACUUGUCAUGGUUGCUGGGUAUUGUUGCCUUUCUUAAUACUGUAAAACUGUAGUAAAACAGCCAAACAUUCUGUGAAGUGAUACUAUGCAUAAUGCUGAAAUUAACGCCUCAGAUUCAAACACCAUUCCAGGUCAACGUGUGAGAUUUUUCUAACACUCUUUUUUACUUCAUUCACUUCUUGAAUGGCUCGUGUCAUCCCAAGCUGCUGGCAAAUAACAAAUAACGCACAAGUGUAGUCAUAAAUCUACCUGAAAACAGCGUAUUUUGUAUGUCGUGGAGGGUUUUUAGUAUUAAAAACAUGAUCUCUCA